GAAUGGGUUCAGCAUGUAUUAAAAAGCAGCCACAUCCUCAACGAUAACAAUAAUAGCGACAAAUAUAAUCUCGAUAAUCAUAAAGCACAAAUUUGUCAUCACAUUAAAACACGUAACGUCGAGCUUCAGAAUCACAAUAACCUUAAUAACAAACUAACCAGAUAUAAAUCAAAGAAAACUCCUCCAAGCCUCUUUUAAAUAGUGGGGUAAAUGCUAACCUUAAUUUAGUUUACUUCACCAAGAUCUGAUUUAAAUGAUAAGUCAAUGACUAGCAAGAACGAACUAACUAAAGUUGAACCAUUAAAACAUCGCUUUCUCUAAUAAGAGUCAGAUAGUUAUCUUUUUAAAAAUAACGAUGCUCCAGAUUCAGAUAUAGCUAUAUAAGUCAAAGAACCAGAUAUAACAAACCAAAAUGUAGCCAAAGUAUUAAAAUCUCUCCCUCCCUUUUAAUAUGAUCCUGACUUAAAUAAAAAAUUUAAUGAUUGUAUCUCUUUACCACCUCAUGUAAUUAUACUUACUAUAAAAACUAGUAAUUCAUUAGUACAGGAAUUAUAUAUGUAGGGCAAUGGAGAAAUAAAUAAAAAUAAGGCAAAGGACGUUAAUAUUGGCCAGAUGGUACUUACUAUGAAGGAUAUUGGUUAAACCAUGGAGCCAAUGGCAAAGGAAGGUUAAUUCGUUCUGAUGGCUCCUAUUAUGUAUUUAUUAAUAAUCCUAUAAUUUCAGGAAGGAGAUUGGCUUGAUGAUUUAUAAUUUGGAUUUGGUAAAAAUGUUGAUUCAGAAGGUAAUAUUUAUGAAGGAGAAUGGAAAGAUGAUGAAAAAGAUGGUUAAGGAACAGAAAAAUGGGUAUCAGGAGAUACAUAUUCAGGUUAAUAUUAGGGAGGAAUGAAACAUGGUAAAGGAAAAUAUAUUUGGUCUAAUGGAAAUUGUUAUGAAGGAAAUUAUUUCAAAGAUUAAAUUGAUGGAUUUGGCACCUACAAAUGGCCAGACGGUUAAGUUUAUACUGGAGAGUGGGUUAAGAAUUAAAUGUAUGGAAAAGGUACGUUCAUUUGGGUUAAUGGCAAUAAAUAUGAAGGUGAUUAUAAAGAGGAUAAGAAGGAAGGUUAUGGAGUUUUCUUCUAUGCAGAUGGGAAAACAUACAAAGGAGCAUGGCAUAAUGGGAAAUAACAUGGAAAAGGAGUUUUAAUAGAAGCUGAUGGAAUGGAGAUAGUUGGUGUAUGGGAAAAAGGAAAACUAGUUUAAUAAGAAUGA